AUGUCGUUGAAUAUUCAGGAGCAACAAAAAAAUAGCGCAAUCAAUAUGCUGAACUUAAAUGAUUACAAUGAUAGUUUGAACAAUAGCGACAAUAUAUUAUAUUAUUCGCAUGACAAGAUAUGGAAAAUAUUAAUAUAUGAUUCGGAGGGUCAGAAUAUCUUAGCCCCUUUACUGAAAGUAGGAAAUUUAAGACAUCAUGGUGUAACAUUAAAUUUAAAUUUACAUAAAGAAAGAAAUUCAAUACCUGAAGUGAAUGCUGUUUAUUUAAUAGAUAAUAAUAAAGAAAACAUAGAUAAAGUUAUUAGAGAUAUGAUAAAUAAUAUGUAUGGAAGUUAUUAUAUAAAUUUCCUUUCCUAUAUAAGUGAUGAAAAUUUUGAAUAUUUUGCUAACGAAUGUGUAAAAAAUAAUAUAGUAUCUUAUGUAUCAAAAAUCACAGACAGAUAUAUAAAAUUCAUUAGUUUAUCGAGUACCACGUUUUCGUUAAAUAUACCUCAUUGCUUUAAAAUAUUACAUGAAACAAGUGAUAAUUUAAUACAAAAUGCUAUGGAUCAAAUAACUGAAGGGUUAGUUUCUUUUUUAGUUACCUUAGGGGUUGUUCCAAUUAUUAGAGUUUCACCAAAUAAAACGUAUCCCUCAAAAACUAUUGCAGAAAAAUUGCAUAAAAAAAUUUAUGAAUUGUUAAAUUUAAGGUCUACCAAUAAUUAUGUUUUUAACUCAAAAUCUAUUCAAAGACCUCUCUUAAUUUUAGUGGACAGAGAUAUUGAUUUAAGUGUCAUGAUACAGCAUGCUUGGACAUAUCAAGCCUUAAUUCAUGAUAUUUUUGACAUAAAACUAAAUAAAAUUUAUUUGAAUCAAAUUAAUUCCAGUGAACAAAAUAGUAGGAGUGGAAGAAAUGGUAACAUACCUAAUAAAUAUUACGAUAUUAAUAAUAAUGACUCCUUUUUUUUAAAUAAUUGUAAUAAACCCUUUCCAGAAGUUGCAAAUAAUAUCAGUGAAUGUUUAAACGAAUAUAAUGAAAAAAUGAAAAAUUUGAACAAGAAUGACAAAACGAACAAUGAUAACAUUACAGGGGGUUUAAUGUCCGCCAUGAAUAUACUACCAGAAAUGACGGAACAUAAAAGACUAUUAGAUAUGCAUACAAAUAUAUUAACUGAUCUAAUAAAAGAAAUAAAAGAGCGAGAUUUAGACAAAUUUUAUGAAAAUGAGUUUGAUUUUGAAUGUUCUAAUGAAAAAAUAUGUAUACAAUAUAUGAACAAUAUUUUAAAUUCUAUAAAAGGUAAUAAUUUUGAUAAAUAUAGAGCCUUUUUAUGUUUAUAUCUUGCCAAAAGGAAUUUAAAUCCUCAAACGCUUGAUGGCUUUAUUCAAAAAUUAAAUAGUUUAAAUAUAGAUACAUCAUCUGUCAAUUUUAUUAAACAGUUAGAAAAAUUUAAGUCAAUGAAUAUAAAUAUAAAUGUAAAUACACCCUUAAUUCAUUCAAAUAGUGGAAGUACAACAUUUAAACAACAGUUAAACACAUAUAGUAAUAUAUUUAUUGAUAAAGGUUUUAACAUAUUACAAGGUGCCAAGAAUUUAUUACCAAGAAGAAGAGAAAUAAAAAUUACGAAACUUGUUGAAACGCUAAUAGAAAAUAAACCUUCUUCUUUAAAUGAACAAUUUAUUUAUAUUGAUCCUAAAAACCCUCCAAGUACACAAAUGGACAAAUUAUAUAUUAAACAAGAAAAUAUAAAAGAUUGUAUUAUCUUUGUUAUAGGUGGUGGUAACUAUAUUGAAGUGUCAGCUUUAAAAGACUUGGAAGAAAAAAUGAAUAAAAAAAUUAUAUAUGGUACAACUGAUUUUGUGCGACCGGAGAACUUUCUUCAAGAGCUCAACGAAAUAGGACGAGCCUUUACCGUUUGA